GAGCUUUUUCAAAAAAAAAAAAAAGAAGACUUGAAAUUGUUGAUGCAGAAGUAUCUAUUCUCCCGCUUCAUGCUUAACCGAACGUGGUUUUGAGACAAAACUACAGUUUUCUAAGGGAUUGAUUCUUAAAGAGACAAAACUACUACUACGUUCUCCCACUUCUUGCUCAUAAUAUAAAAAAGAGAUGUUAAAGACACUUGGAACAAAAGAAACAACAAAAAAUCAUCGAUUGGAACGGCGAAGUAGUAGUAACUCACAUCACAGAUCAAACAAAGUCAACACAGGCGCCGAAUUAGGUUUCCGAAGAUGGCUACUUCAACUGAAUCACCGUUCAAAUCAAACAUAUUGAAAGGUAAAGUAGUUUUGAUUACAGGUGGAGCAUCGGGAAUUGGAUUUGAAAUAUCAACACAAUUCGGUAAACAUGGUGCUUCGGUUGCUCUCAUGGGUCGUCGUAAACAAGUUCUUCAAUCUGCUCUUUCUGUUCUUCAAUCACUUUCAAUCCCAGCCGUUGCUUUUCAGGGUGAUGUUAGGAAACAAGAUGAUGCUGCCAGAGUUCUUGAAUCUACUUUCAAACAUUUUGGAAAGAUUGAUAUCCUUGUUAAUGCUGCUGCUGGUAAUUUUCUAGCUGCAGCUGAAGAUCUCUCUCCGAAUGGAUUUCGAACAGUUUUGGAUAUCGAUUCUGUUGGUACAUUCACUAUGUGCCAUGAAGCACUUAAAUAUCUCAAGAAAGGGGGACCAGGAAGGAGCUCUUCUAGUGGGGGAGCAAUAAUAAACAUUAGUGCUACCUUGCAUUAUACAGCUACUUGGUACCAAAUUCACGUAUCUGCAGCAAAGGCAGCUGUUGAUGCUACUACAAGAAACUUGGCACUGGAGUGGGGAACAGAUUAUGAUAUUAGAGUCAAUGGGAUCGCACCAGGUCCAAUAAGGGGCACACCUGGCAUGAGUAAACUGGUUCCUGAUGAAAUAGAUAGCACAGCCACAGAUGAAAUGCCUCUAUUUAAACUUGGGGAGAAAUGGGAUAUUGCAAUGGCUGCUCUCUACUUAGUAUCAGAUGCAGGAAAAUUCAUUAAUGGCGACACUAUGAUAGUCGAUGGAGGACUUUGGCUGAGCCAGCCUCGUCAUUUACCGAAAGAGGCAGUGAGGCAAUUAUCGCGAGCAAUAGAAAAAAGAUCUAGAGAUGAACCAGUUGGUGUUCCAAAAAGCAAGCUAUGAGCCAGCAGAUUCAGCAUUAGCUCCUCCACACUGCAGGGGAUUACUUCUUUAAACAAUACAAUUGAUGGAAGUUAUGAUCUCAAUUACCGAUAAAUUGAAAUUAUUACAAAGUUCAACGUGUUUUCGUUCUUUUUUUUUUAUUCUUGUGAAAUAUUACCUUCAAAAGGAUAGCAUAAACCUAACCAUGAAACGAUCUGUUUUUAUAAGAAUCUAGCAAACAUUUGUUUUAUUAUUGUGAUUUGCAGGUUAUCUCUUGCAUUCUCUCAAUUUACAUGUGGACACUAGUAAUGUUUAUGGAAAUGGAUUCCCAGCAGUAACUGCAUGACUGCAUGAUUAAUUGACUGCAUGGA